AUGCCGGGCACCAGUGUUUCGCUCGACUCGCUCAGCUCACCAUCAUUAUCACCACCACCACCCGAUGAGCACCAAACAUCCACCUCGAACAGCGGAGCUGCGUGCCUCGACAUGGACAGCGGCUCAGAGCUCUCAGAGCUCACGGAGGAGGAGCAGGAAAACGAGGGCCGCGAGAACGGUUCGCGUACCGGCGAUUCCGGAAACUCUUCCAGCCGCGACAGCAGGACGAAACGCGGGAUAGUCCCGCCCCCAAUGUGGGAGUGGGCCAAGAACAACAAGAAGGGCGGCGACUGGCGCACGAGGCUGAUCGAAGAGGAGGAGGAGGAGGAGCUCCCGGGCCCCGCGAAGGCGAUGGAGGAAGAGGAGGACGAAGACCUGGAUGCCCGCGACCGUGACCGCGACCGCGAGGACGGGCGCGAAGAGCUGCCCGGCCCCGCCCACCGUCGCUUGGACCGCCUGCCCACACCACGCACCCCACCGUACCCGCGCCCAUCACCCGACAGAGAUGGGGGGCCUGCGUACGACAGUGAAUCCGUCGCUGAUGAGGAGGAAGAGGACGACGAGGCCGAGCACGAGGCCACGCCCGACGCCGCGCCUGAGCUCACCGACGACGAGGGUGAGGGCGAGGGUGGCGACGAAGAUGAUUCAGCGGAGAAGACUGCGCUGCCUGCGGAGGGGGACGAAUCUGAGGGCGAGGACGCGGGCGCAGAGGACGUGGAAAUGCAACAGGACGCGGAGCCCGCCACGGUGGAUUCGGUCACACCGGUCGAGGCGGGAGCGCUGAUGGACGUGGACGAGCCUUCGCCGCCGAUACCGGUCGCUCCCGCGGGAUUGUCAAUCAUGGCGGGUUCGACGGUGAUCGAGCCCAUCUCUUCCUCGUCGACAUCUCCGUCCGGAUCACCGUCGUCCUCUCGUUCACCCUCCCCGGAAGCAGAGGCAGAGCAGGAUGCGCACAGCGAACACGAACCGGAGGCGGAAGAGGUACUUCCGGAGGCCAAGACGCCCGGCGGCCGCACCUCUCGAACGAGGAAGGCCAAGGCGCGCACAAGGGCUGCCAGGAAGGCCAAAGUAGAGGCGGGCGACGUUGACAUGGACCACACCGGUGCGCUAGACAUGGAUGAGGUUGAUGGCGAUGGCGUAGAAGCAGAAGAGGCUGAGGUCGACUCGGCAGAACUAGAGCUGGAGCUGGAUUUGGAUCUACAGCCAGCCCACCGUGCAGAAGCCCUUGACGUUCUCGCGACAAUUGAACUCAAAUUCGCGUUGUUGCGGGAGCGUUUGUACGUUGAGAAGAUGGAAGGCCUUGCAUGGGAGGAAAAUUUGGUGGCUGAGGGUACACAUCCUGAAAUGCUGCACCUUCAUACUGAACUGUCGAAGAGACGUGACAAGCGUCUGGAGCUUGCCAGUCGCAGACGAGACUACGAGGUCUCCAAUGUCACGAAACGUCGCAAACUAGACGAAGACGCCGUAUGGAGUUGGUGGCAGUUCGUCCGAGAUGAUCUGCAGACCGAAAUGAUCUCAGAAACGAAUAGGAAAAGACGUCGUCUCGAGAGAGAGCGCCGAGCCAUGGAACGUCCCCAGCCUGCCCGUCGCAUUCCAAGUGCACCCAUUGAUGCUCCUCCACCCCCCACAUUGCGCGAAAUAGUGAAGAACCAUCCUUACAACUCAUUAUCAUCGAGCGCUCCACAUUCGCACCGUCCAAGGAGUUAUGCAUCCGCCACACCUCUUGUAUAUCCUCAACUGACAGUAUUGUCGCAACCUGAGGCACUCGCCGACUGCGACUUUCUGAAUCAACACCGCCGUGCUGCCGCAGGAUUUGAUCCUCACAGGCCAAUGCAGAUGAACACAGUGCUUGGGUCUGCUCCUCACGCAUACGAGCCUUAUAACAUAGGCAUGCUUGAUAGUCCCGGGACUGGAAACCGCUUUGGUCCUCCACCUUUAUUUCCACACCACGCUCUUCCCCACUCGCAGAUUCAAGGACCUGGCAUCACGCAAGGGUUUCCCGUACAUGGCGGACGGCCCCCACACCCAACGUUUCAUCCUUCUCAGGUCCUCGACCAAGAUAUGAAUUCCGUGCACGCGCCUGGAUCGAUCAACAUGCAGGGAGGGAGUCAUGUCCAGCAAUAUCCUAUCUUAGGCGGACCCGCCAAUCUGAUGAGGCGUUCUAUUUCGCCGGUACCAGUGCAGUCGCUCAAUAGUGGUCCGGGCCUGGGCAUGUCAAUUGGCAUAAGUGCACCGCCGUUACCCCCAGGUCUUUCGGGAUCGAAAUCUAACGGGUGGGACUUAUCUGGGCAUUCUUUAUUUCCUGGGGGAAGUAAAGAGGCUAGAAGACCCAAUGGCGACAUCGACGGGCGAGAGAGGGAAAGAGAGCGAGAACGUUAUGGAGACAGCUUCAAGCUCAGAGAUCGGGAGAAGACGGAGAGGGAGCGCGAGUUUGAACUUGAGCGCGAACGGGAACGAGAACGCGAGCGGGAUCCGGAUAGAAUGUAUCAUAUGCAGAUGCUCCAGCAGCAGCAGCACUCUGUCCACCAGCACCCGCACCAACAUGUUCAUGCUGCUCCGGGGCAGGCGUCCCAUCACCAGUUGGGUCCGCAUCAUCACCAUCAUCAUCACCAUCACGUUCAUCACCACCACCCCCAGCCCUCUGCCGGACCUAGCGGGCAUAGUUCUCCUAUUGCUGGAUUAUCCACACCUGCGAUGGGCCCAGUGCAAGGCCAACGUGAGUUCGAGACUCGACGUCCGCAUUCUGGUGCACCUCCCGAAGUCAUCGAACUACCUGUGUCUGGUUCCAAGCAAUCACCUCUCAUGUCAUCUCUCUGGAAGGGUCCUGACGACCCACUGUCGUCUUCAGCUGAUAUAGGUCGAGAACGUGGUCGACCACUAGGUCCUCCUGCUGCUAUCAUGCAGGCGAAGUUCCCGGGUUCUCCGAGAAACGGUCCGGGUCCCCCCACAGCUCCUCCUUCGAUUGCUCCUUCACGAAGGGGCUCAUGGAGUGCAUCGGAAGAGAGCGGUCUUGCUCGCCCUGCAUCUGCAUCAGCAGGACCUUCAGCUUCAGGUCGUUCUCGCGACGGCUCCGUCCAUCGCAAUUCGACAUCGCGCGUGCAGCGUCCACCAUCGACUCAGCCUCCGCAGAAUUUGUUCGCGGGAUCCCCGCGUAAUAACGGCAGACAGCUGCCUCCUCCAGCAAUGAGUCACUUGAACUCUACAGCCGCGUUUACUGCACCAUUGCGUUCGCCUCGCUCAAAUCCGCCAUUGCUCCCACCACCGCCGCAGACGACACCAGCUUCAUCGUCUACGGCACAUUCGCCAUCAAUACGGCCCACUACACCGAAAACGGAAAGCCCUAGGGCUCAUAGACACAGUCCGUCUUCUCCGGGCCAAACUAAAGCACCGUCUAGAACCGCCUCAUCCAACGCGGAACCAAAUUUCAACGCCCCUCCCGGUGCGACUUCCUCCAUGGCCCCUUCCAUCAAUAUCGUGAACAUGAAGUCAUCGGAAUCCUUGUCGCUGUUCCCUACCUCGUCCGCGCUUCCCAAUCCACCACUUCCACCCCCUCCUAGACUAUCUAACGGUGGGAUGUCAGAGCGGCACUCGCCUCGUCUCGGCGGUUCGUUAGCGCCAAAGAUCGUUCCUGUGGAUGGAUCGUGA